UGGCCGGGAGCGGCGGCGAAGUUCGGCCGUGGAGUUCAGCCGUGGAGCUCGGCGGCGGCAACAUGCGGGAGACGAGGUUCAGGGAUCACUUUUGGAGUACAGAUCUGACGAGCACAGUUGGCUACGACAGCAUCAUUCAACAUCUGAAUGACGGCAGGAAGAACUGCAAGGAGUUUGAAGACUUUCUGAAGGAAAGGGCAAUUAUAGAAGAAAAAUAUGGCAAAGAGCUCAUUAACUUGUCGAAGAAGAAGCCCUGCGGGCAGACGGAACUGAACACGCUGAAGAGAUCUCUGGAUGUUUUCAAGCAACAAGUAGACAAUGUGGGACAAGGUCACAUCCAGCUGGCGCAAAUCCUUCGGGAGGAAGCAAAGAAAAUGGAGGACUUCAGGGAAAAGCAAAAACUGCAUCGGAAAAAGAUAGAGCUGAUAAUGGAGGCGAUUCACAAAAAUAGGAAUUUGCAGUACAAGAAGACCAUGGAGGCCAAGCGGCUCUACGAGCAGCGCUGCAGGGAUAAGGACGAGGCGGAACAGGCUGUGCAUCGCAACGCAAACCUGGUGACACAGAAGCAGCAGGAGAAGCUGUUCCUGAAGCUGGCUCAGACAAAAUCGGCUCUGGAGGACUCUGACAGGAGUUACCAGCAGAGCGUUACCACACUGGAGAAGAUCCGGGAAGAAUGGCAGAAAGAGCACAUCAAAGCUUGCGAGUUCUUUGAGACUCAGGAGUGCGAGCGCAUCAACUACUUCCGCAACGCCCUCUGGCUUCAUGUCAACCAGCUCUCCCAGGACUGCGUCCAGAAUGACGAGAAAUAUGAGGAAAUCCGCAAGAGUUUAGAACUGUGCAGCAUUGAGAAGGAUAUUGAUUUUUUUGUAAAUUUACGCAAAACUGGAAGUUUGGCCCCAGCUCCUGUUGUUUAUGAAAACUACUAUAAUACACAGAGAAAUGCAACUCCUGUGAGAAGUCCGGUUCCUGUACCUAUAUCAAGGAGGGGACCUUUACCCACCCCGACCAGCGCGCCAGGUGAGCCUGAUUACGCCACAGUUGACGGCUACAGCUUGAUACAUCACUAACAGCCACAGUAAGUACUCACAUUUGAUGAAGAAAGGAUGUAAUAUGAGAUGCAGCUACACUGAGGAGGGACAGUGGAGAAAGAAAGGCCACCGGUUAAGGGAUGACAUUUUGAGGUGACUGACUGGGAGUGAUGAUCAUGUCAGCCCUCCCAUCGCUUGUCUGAGCUGGAGCUGUGGUUUAGACGCUGUUGAUCCUGUUCUGUAGGUUCUCCAGGCAGAAGACACUGUUCAUCUGGCCAGCGUGGCAGCGGUGGUGUUUCCAGUUAUUCCCAGCCACACAGAGCUGAAGCGCAUCUCCAUUUUAAGAAAGUAUUUGAGGACUCUUAUGAUUAUUUGUACAUUCAGAAAGUGCCUAUUAAAAUCUGUGCCUUUGAUCAGCAAA